AUGGAUAUCAUGCAGGAAUUGGCGAAGAUGAAGGUGCAGGAGCUUAGAGACGAACUUAAGAGACGUUGCCUAAACACGGCUGGUGUUAAGCAGGCGCUGAUGGAGAGGCUUAAGGAGGCCAUCCUCUCUGAUGUCCCCUAUGAGUCCAAGGUACUGCAGUCUGACCACCCAAGUGCUGUAUCCAACAACGACAAUGAGGGUUUACACGAAUCUGAAGAGCCUUUUGAUGAAGAUGAGGAAGAUGCCUGUAAUGGUGGUUCUGUCAACGCCGGUGGCUCCUUCUUUGCUCAUGGAACCCAACAUAAUAUGCCAAGUGCUACUCAAGCUGAAUUGCCGCACACCGAAGAGGUUGAAAGAGAUUCGAAUUCAUCCAGUGAUUCGAGCCCCAAACGCAGAAAUGAAUCUAGCCCCAGACGUGAGGGUGGUUCGAAUCCCAGACGUGAAGGUUCCGACACGAGGUCUGGUGAAAAACGCAAAUACAAUGAUACAUAUUCUUCUAGACGUUCACCUCCUCGGGCAAAUCGUUCCCGUAGUUGGCAAGGCGCCCAAAAUCCAAAGAUUUGCCCUGAACCUGACGGGUGGGAAUUCAGCGAGUCUGUCUUCAUGGAUACUUAUAAUUGCGAUCUUAACUUGGUGGUAGAUGCAGAUGGUUAUACCGCACGUCCUCUAUCGGAUGAAGGCUUUUCUCAUAUGUGGGCAGGUGGUCGCAUGAACUAUGGUUUG